CAGCGCGGGGCCCGUCCCGCCCGUUCGCCCCCCGCGGUGACUCGGCGGCGGCGCUCCGGGUCAUGCUCAGGCAUGUCGGGCCGGGCCGGGCCGGCGCGGGAGCUAAGCCCUGACUUGCCUCCUGCUGGCAGAGCUAUAUAAGGCCCGGCCCAGCCCGACUCGGGCCAGACAGCGCCGCUGGAGCCCACGGCGCGUGGGCUGUACGGGACACCGAGUUGCAGGCAAAUGUGCAAUACCAAGAUGUCCUCCCUUACGGAUGCCUCCGCUGUCACCGGCUCGGAGCAAGAGGCGCUGGUUAAACCAAAGCCACUAUUGCUGAAGUUGUUAAAGUUAGCUGGUGCAGAAAAGGACACUUUUACUAUGAAGGAGGUAAUAUUCUAUCUUGGACAAUAUAUUAUGUCUAAACAAUUAUAUGAUGAAAAACAGCAGCAUAUUGUACACUGUGCAAAUGAUCUCCUGGGGGAUUUAUUUGGAGUAACAAGCUUUUCAGUAAAAGAACACAGGAGACUAUAUUCGAUGAUUUCCAGAAAUCUGAUGGCAGUCAAUCAACAAGACUCUACGCUUGGUGGCACACCUGAGGAUGAUGCCAGAUCUCAGCUCAAAGAAGAAAAUGUUCUUAAGGAGUCUAUGCAAGAGUUAGAAGAGAAACAGACUUCAUCAAACGUGACUUCCCGACCAACUACAUCUUCUAGGAGGAGGACACACAGUGAAUCUGAAGAAAAUUCUUUGGAUGAUCUGCAUAGUGACAGAAGAAAGCGACACAAGUCAGACAGCAUUUCGUUGACGUUUGAUGAAAGUCUCUCAUGGUGUGUAGUCAGUGGGCUGUGCCGUGAAAGAAGCAAUAGCAGUGACUCAACAGAUUCUCUUUCCAUUCCCGAUCUUGAUGCUAGUUCAUUAAGCGAAAACUCUGAUUGGUUUGACCACAGUUCUGUUUCAGACCAGUUCAGUGUAGAGUUUGAAGUUGAGUCUAUUUAUUCAGAAGAUUACAGCCAUAAUGAAGAAGGACAGGAGCUCACAGAUGAAGAUGAUGAGGUUUAUCAGCUUACUAUUUACCAGGAUGAAGAUAGUGACGGUGAUUCAUUUGAUGAAGAUCCAGAGAUUUCCCUAGCUGAUUACUGGAAGUGUCCUGAAUGUAGCGAAAUGAAUCCUCCGCUUCCACGACAUUGCCACAGAUGCUGGGCCCUACGUGAGGAUUGGCUUCCAGAUGAAAAAAGUGAGAAAUUGGAAAAGAGCAAAUCAGAAGGUCCCUUCCCUGCAGAGUCUGAAGAAGGUUUUGAUGUUCCUGACUGCAAGAAAACAAAAAUGACUGAAGAUAAAGAACCAGCUCUGAAUGAGAAUGAGGAGAAGGCAGUACAAAUUUCCGAGUCCCAGGAAAGUGAAGAUUAUUCCCAGCCGUCAACAUCAAGCAGCAUGUUUUGUAGCAGUCAGGAGGACUAUAAGGAACCUGAGAAGAGAGAAAUGCAAGACAAAGAGGAAAGCAUGGAAUCCUGUCUGCCUGUUACCAGCAUAGAGCCCUGUGUCAUAUGUCAGAGCAGACCUAAAAAUGGCUGCAUAGUACACGGCAAAACGGGACACCUCAUGUCAUGUUUUACAUGCGCGAAAAAGCUUAAGAAGAGGAACAAACCCUGCCCGGUGUGCAGGCAGCCCAUACAAAUGAUUGUACUAACUUAUUUUAGUUAGUUGGAUGUUGACUGGAAAGCUGCGAGAGAAACUAUUUUUGUAUGCUUAUUGAAAAAUUAGUAUUUUGGAUCUCUUUACGUUUGGUAUGAAAAAUAAUUGUUGGCAUAAAUGCACUGGAGUUGUUCAGAGGUUCGCACAAUAGUUAUAAAUCAACCUGGAGAUUUUGAAUCCUUGUCUGUAGAAAUAACCAAGUUCUGUAAAUCACCUGCCUCUCCAGGUGUUUAAUGUUCCAUGCAAGUUAGUGACAUUUCUUUUACUGGAUCAAAUACACACAUUAAAAAUCCCAGUUCAGUGAUUGUGAGAGGAGACACAUGUUGAAGCAGUCACUCAUGCGAGUUCCUCAUCUUGAGAAGGUAGAAGAUUCUCCAGGUUGCAGUAUUUGUUGCCUAGUGAAGACACCAGGCUCAAUCAGCCCACACUGAAUAAGUCAAUAAAAUAAAUAAGUCUUGUCUUAAAUUCCUCCAGGUAGCCAAAUUAUGGGGGAGAUCUCACCAGGAAGUGGAGAAAAAUGUGAUAGAGAAUAAUUUAAGGCUUUGGAAAAAGAGAAGGGUGUUGUAUGUCUUUUGCAAUGCACGCUAUACAAAUAAACUUCAGGGCUGUGUGUCCCCCUAAGAAGUCAUUGAUCUAAGUUCAGUCAUACAGUUCUCUCUUAAGUGUCUUAAGAAACUGACAUUUUAAAUGCUUUGUGAGUUUGCAGGUCUGUACUACCCCAAGUAUGAUUGUUAUUACUAAUUUAGCAGCAUGAGAGAAGACUUGAACAGGCAAGAUAAAUGAAGGAGGAGAUGCUGUGUAUUGUAUCAUCGGGCAAUAUUAGGGGAAUCAUUUUCUGCACUUGUUUUUAACUUCAGCAGAACAUUCACUGGAAUAAAAACAGUAAGAAAAGUCCACCUUCAUCUGCAGAAACAAAUAAGCUGUGCAGUUCUAGUUCACAUAGAUGUUCUUUAAAUUCAGUAGUCUUUCCAAGUCAAACUGUUCUUGUCUGUAUCACAAGAAUUCUGAAAAUCCAUUGCAGGGUGUUUGGUGAACUCAAAAUUGGUCUCCUGGGACUUGUCCUUUACUGCUUUUAGCUCUUGUCCGUCACUGUACUUUGUCAAAAACUUACCAGUUCCAUUCUCAAGGGCUCUGCUGACGGACUCGGGUAUGAGGGGUGUUUGGGGUAGUUCCGUGGAGCCUUUGUAAGCUCCAGUAUCUUCCUGUGGGAUACGGUAAAGAUCACUCGGCUGUAUUUCACAUGGAGAGUUUCUGUACCAGUGAGAGAUAUUUAUUCCUUUGCAAAACUAGAUUACAAGAGGAAUUGUAUGAUUUUAGCACCUUUUAUUUUUACAGGUAGUUGCUAAUCACCUGCCCAACGGGGAAUGGCAAAUAAGCAGUCAGGGGAGUUCCAAGAAUGGAGAUGUAGCCUAAAUGAAUAAGUUGCAUUGCGUUACCAUCCUGCAGGCCAAGGUUCAAUAGCUUUCCAGAACCAUUGCUGAUGCGUGUGUGCUGAUGCAAAGACUUUACCUGCUAUCGUUACCUCCAAGGCUGCAAACACCUGGAGAAGGGCAUAAAGAUGUACAGGAGACACUUGGUAAAUCCUUGGUUGUGGCUUGCCUGCAGAGAAAUACCUCCAUAGGUAAAGUCUGAAUUAUUGGGAUCAGUCACAUUUUGUUCAUACAUUUGAACUAUUUUUUUUUUAAAUACCACUAAAAGAUCCUGGUGUGUCUGAAGUUCUAGCAGUUCAAUAUUAUAUAA